AUGGCCGAGGACUUCAUGCAACAGGUAGAUGCUGAAAUAGCAGAAGCAAUGGCAUUUUAUGCAAUCGAUGGAAAGCUGAAAGAACAAGGUCGAAGUUGCAGUGAUUUUGAUAUAUCAUCACCAACAUCUGUUCCUUAUUCAUUUGAAUCAAAAGUUAUCAAUAAAGAAGAAGAACUUCGAACAGGACAAGAAAUGUAUGCAAUGUUGAAUCAAGAUCAGCGUUCAGUAGCAGAUGCAAUUCUUGCAAGUCAUGGUAAACAAUCAAUCACCACUACUGGCUCAUGUUUCUUUAUUGAUGGUCCUGGAGGUACAGGGAAAACCUAUCUUUAUAACACCCUGUACCAUUUAUUCAUGGAACAAGGAGUCCACGUUAUGACAGUUGCAUGGAAAGGAAUUGCUGCAAGUUUAUUGCCUGAAGGAAGAACUGUACAUAGUCGUUUCAAGCUUCCCGUACCUAUAUUAGAAACAUCUACAUCAAGUAUUCGAUCAAACAGUAAGGAAGCUGAUGAGAUUAGAAGGACUCAAGUUUUUAUCUGGGACGAAGCACCAAUGGCUCCAUGUUAUGUAAUCUUGAGAUGGAAAUGUUAUUUUUAG